UAACAGUUCACUAAAUCAAUCUGCAAUCAAGAAAGAGAAAGAGAGAGAGAGAGAGUUUGAUCCUUCAUCACAGCUUAUGCAGCAGUCCCAACUUCUCCAGAACCCUGCCGAUUCGGCGAACAAUCAGUCCGAGCCAGACGCGCCGCCGAAGCAGGUGGCUCAGGCCAUGGAUCGACUCAACCAAGCUGCACGGGCCAUCGCCGAUAUUCGCCUCGGCGCUGACCGUAUCUUCGAAGCCGUCUUCCUAACUUCUCAUCCUCGCAGCAGCAGCACAACCGACACGUCACUUCAGCUCUUACUCAGAGAAGACGCCUCCAUGCGUCAACACCUUCACGAUCUCCGUUCGAUUGGGAAGAAGCUGGAAGAGUCUGGGGUUCUCACUGAGUCUCUCAGGUCGAGGAGUAACUCGUGGGGCCUUCACAUGCCGUUGGUUUGUCCAGAUGGUGCGGUCGUUGCGUAUGCGUGGAAGAGGCAGCUUGCUGGCCAAGCUGGUGCUUCUGCUGUUGAUAGAACUAGGUUAGCUCUUAAGGCCUUCACGGAUCAGAAAAGGCGUUUCUUUCCACACAUUGACGAUGGACUGAAGGAACCAAGAUUAAAGAAACAUCGUGCCUCCCAUUCACUAUUGGAACAUGGAGGAGAGGAGCCGUUUGAUUACAAAACAUUGCCUGAUAUACAAUUGCGUUUAGAGAAGCUGGUUCCGAAUGUGAAGAUGUCUACAUAUGGACGGUUGAGCUGGCUCAAAAGAGCUAAUUCUUUACCUGUGUCAGGCAGUGAUGAUGAUCCAGCAGAAGCAUCGAAACUUGUUUUUCAGAAUUCUAGUAAGCUGAGAUCAGGGUUAGAGGCUGAGGUCGCUGAUAAAGUUGCUGUGAUUGAGUUGUAUGUUCCAUCUGUGUUCAGAGCUGUGGUCUCGUUGAAUCCGGCUGGUUCUGUUGAUCCAGAUUCUGUUGCGUUCUUCUCUCCAGAUGAGGGAGGCAGCUACUUACAUUCGAGAGGCUUCUCGGCUCAUCAUGUUUACAAACACAUCACGGAACAUGCUUCUACGGCCUUGCAAUAUUUCCUCGGCUUUGGUACCGGAACAGCUCUGUACUCUCUUCUGCUAUGGAUAUGCAGUUUUGAAUCCCUAUUUAGUAAAUCGUGCAGUAAAUGUGGAAGGCUAUUAGCGAUGGAUAAAAAAUCUGCUCUAAUUCUACCUCCUCUACACCGUGCUUACCAAGAAUUGCCUCUUGCAGCCAACAUAGAUGUUUGUGAAGCUUACCAUGGCGGUUGCUCUCCAGAUGAUUCUUAAUAAUCCAGUGGUUAGGGAGGAUCAAUUAGAAGGUUAUAGAACUUGCAUCUUAGAGCAUUUUGCAUGGAUCUGUAAUAUCUAGUUUUCUCUUUGACCCCUCUUGUUUGUAUCCAACGUUGAGGUUAAGUUUACAUUAUAGCAGUUCCUUUCUUCUCGGUUAAGAGACAUAGAGGCAAGUGACAAGUGAUGGUACAUGGGACUGUUGUCUAUAAUGUAGAUAUUUGAUCUGUGUCACGA